AUGUGCCAUGACCCCGGCCCGGCCCACACCGAAAACGCCCCAACGCAGUUUGCCGAGCACGUGUUCCGAACGUUCGAUGCGAACGGUGACGGUACGAUCGACUUCCGGGAGUUCCUGUGCGCGCUCAGCGUUACCUCGCGCGGCAAGUUGGAGCAGAAGCUGAAGUGGGCAUUCUCGAUGUACGAUCUGGACGGUAACGGAUACAUCUCCCGCCAGGAAAUGCUGGAAAUUGUCACCGCUAUCUACAAAAUGGUCGGCUCUGUGAUGAAAAUGCCCGAGGACGAGAGUACGCCGGAGAAGCGAACGGACAAAAUCUUCCGCCAGAUGGACCGCAACAAGGACGGCAAGCUGAGCCUCGAAGAGUUCAUUGAGGGUGCGAAAAGCGAUCCGUCGAUCGUGCGGCUGUUGCAAUGUGAUCCGCAGGCGCAGUGA